UGCAUUAUUUUUAUAAAACAUUAACCUUCGUAUUACAGUAAUAACGCCAUCCUCCUCGAGUAUUUGUUGUCGUCAUCCUUGCCGAGCAAAAAACAGCGAUGCCGGCAGUGACAGCGACUCAUGUAAGGUUUGCCACCGUCUCCCGCUCCCGCCCUGGGAUCGGGCGGACGAUGUUUCGAUGCUGCCUCAUGGCCUGCCUCGGCGUGUACAACUCAUGUGCUACCAAGUGGAGCCUCAUAGACAUCAACAUGACGCAGUUCUUGAUAAAUAACCACUCAGCUGUGAUGAUGGCACAGUCAGCUCUCGUCUGCGUCCUGCAGGCGGAACAAGUCCUGCGCAACGCCAGCCGCGGUCUCGCCUGCUACUCCGACGGCCGCUGUGUCGUCGCAGACGGACCCUACGACCACCUCCGAGGACCGACCUCGAACAGCUCGACUUGCUUCUCGUUCGGCCUCGGGAGCUGGUGCGUCAGUCCUCCUGGUGGCCUCAACGACACGCUCACCGCGGCGGUGCCCUGCAACGUGUCGCUGAGCUGCACGCCUCAGGGCUGGGCUGACGGCAACUCUCCCGACAAAAGUGCGUCCCAACCUCAAGGAAUGCAGUGCACCAGUGAUGGUUGCUUCCUAGCAAGCACCUCCGCGAUGACGUGGUGCGCCGCGCACCAAUAUUGCCUUGACGUUGGCGGGAAACUCUACUCGCCCACCGACCCCCAGAAAUACACGAACUUCACUGGCAUCGUCUCUGGUUAUUUUUGGGUGGGUGCUGUUCGAAUGCCGGACAACUCGUGGAUGUGGCUCAGCAACGGACGCGGUUUGGUCGUGGCUGCAGACUGGUACCCAGGACAACCGAAUAAUCCGCGACCUAAUUGUGGCACUAUGACUACGUUCGGCUGGGUCUGGGGACUCAGUGACGAGGCUUGCGGAUCGACGAAACAAGCUCUGUGUUCUAUGAGUGAAAACUAAACUGUUGGUUUCAUUUCACGAAGUACUUACGUAGUAUUAUUGGCUUCUCAAGAAUGGUCUUUCCUAUUUCGUUGCCUGCACUUCACUGUCAUAACGAACUAUAUAUGAAGGCAAAGAAAAUUAUAGGAAACUUCACUUGGGGUUUUCAUUGCAUUUGCAUUUUUUGGUCAACUUGUGACUUAAGCUAACUAAAGGUAUAAAGACUCAUAAAGUUCUGUGUCAGUAAGACAAGUUGGUGUUUCGUUCAAUUGAUGUAAAAAUUGCAUGUAAGGAGAAGUAGACAGGAAUGAAUUAUAGACAGUUCAGCGUGGCAAUGCAGCUAACAGGUUACCAUGGCAAGUCAUGGUAGCUAAAUCACAAAUCGAUCUUGACUUCAUUGCGGAAUACUGCACUCGCACUGGCUUCGAAGAUUAAGUUAGAUUUGCUGGACCACCUUCUAAGAUCCGCUUGUGUAAAUGAGAAAAUUAUAUUUCUUUGUCUUCGGUGGGUCAAAUAUGAAGUUUUUUCUAUUUUCAACCGUA